AAGACUGGCCCCAGCGCUCAGCCCUUUCAUUGUACAACCUUUCUGCAACUUCUUGGUCUCUUCCUACACUCUGUUCUCAGGCUCCUCCGCUCCCCUCCGCCUGUCCUCGGGAUCAUGAAGGUCGCCAGUGGCAGUGCCGCGGCCGCUGCAGGCCCCAGCUGUUCGCUGAAGGCGGGCAGGACGGCGGGCGAGGUGGUGCUUGGUCUGUCGGAGCAAAGCGUAGCCAUCUCGCGCUGCGCUGGGACGCGCCUGCCCGCCUUGCUGGACGAGCAGCAGGUGAACGUCCUGCUCUACGACAUGAACGGCUGCUACUCACGCCUCAAGGAGCUGGUGCCCACCCUGCCUCAGAACCGCAAAGUGAGCAAGGUGGAGAUCUUGCAGCAUGUUAUCGACUACAUCAGGGACCUGCAGCUGGAGCUGAACUCCGAGUCUGAAGUCGGGACCGCCGGAGGCCGGGGGCUGCCCGUCCGCGCCCCGCUCAGCACCCUGAACGGCGAGAUCAGUGCCUUGGCGGCCGAGGUGAGGCGACAUGUGUUCCAGCCGACGAUCGCAUCUUGUGUCGCUGAGGCGGCGCACUGAGGGACCAGAUGGACUCCAGCCCUUCAGGAGGCAAGAGGAAAAAAGUGCUCUCGGUUCCCCAAGGGAUCCCGGAGAAAGACACUACCGCGGCCACGGGACUCUCGGCGUAUCUGUCCAUGGGGUAGAGGGUUAGAUCAAUGGAGUCUCUCACCCUCUCCACCUUUCAGCCUCCAGAGACUUUGGGGAGGGGGUUAAUCAACCCCGAGUGUUUCUGUUUUUUGAAAAAGCAGACAUUUUUUUUAAAAUGGUCACAUUUCGUGCUUCUCAGAUUUCUGAGGAAAUGUUUUGUAUUGUAUAUUACAAUGAUCACUGGCUGAAAAUAUUGUUUUACAAUAGUUCUAUGGGGGUGGGUUUUUUGUUGUUAUUAAACAAACACUUUAGAUAA